AUUUUACUUCCCCAAAAAAUAAAAAACCAUAACAUGAGUGAAAAUCUAAAAUUGUAUUUCCUCCUCUCUUCCAACUCCCACGCACAAACGCCCUCUCCUGCUCGCGACACCCAGAAAGGCCCCACGCCGCCUUCCCCAGAAAACCACUUCCACCGACUCUCUCUGGUAGCAAUAAGUUGUGGUUGGUUGGAAUGAAUGUUCGUUGAACAAGGUUGUUGUGUUACUUGGAUUUGUCGAAGGGUUUUGUUUGUUUGUUUUGAAUAGUAGAAAAUGUUAGGUGCUUUGCCAAUUUUGCCCCUUCCUGCUCCACCCUCUGAUGGAAAUCUUGGGCCCUUGCCGCCAGCUCAGUUGACUGAUGAUGAUGAAAAACCAUCAUCAAACGAGUCAGCUCCCAUGCCCGUGUCGGUGGCGUCACACACGAGAACUAUUGGUAUAAUUCAUCCUCCUCCGGAUAUCAGAACCAUUGUUGACAAAACGUCCCAGUUUGUUGCCAAGAAUGGUCCUGAGUUUGAAAAGAGGAUUAUUGCUAACAAUGCUGGCAAUGUCAAGUUCAAUUUUUUGAAUUCUUCUGAUCCUUACCAUGCUUAUUAUCAACAUCGUUUAUCGGAAUUUCGUGCUCAGAAUCUGUCUCCGGCACAGCAGCCUGGUGAUUCUGCUCUGCCUGUGGCUACUGAGUCAUCAGCACCAUCUGCUCCUCCUACUAAUACCGAUGCUAUUGAGGCGGCAAAGGCUGAUCUGUCUGCUUUGUUUAAACCUGUUCGUAAAGUUCUUGACCCCCCAGAAGCUGAGCAGUAUACUGUUCGGCUUCCUGAAGGGAUUACUGGGGAGGAAUUGGAUAUAAUUAAGCUCACAGCGCAGUUUGUGGCUCGGAAUGGGAAGUCGUUCUUGACGGGGUUGACUAGUAGGGAAAUUAAUAACCCCCAGUUUCAUUUUUUGAAACCAACUCACAGUAUGUUCAUGUUUUUCACUUCACUUGCGGAUGCGUAUUCGAAAGUUUUGAUGCCUCCAAAGGGUUUGACGGAUAAGCUAAAGAAGAGUGUUGCUGACAUGACAACUGUGCUUGAACGAUGUGUGAAUCGGCUUGAGUGGGAGCGUUCACAAGAGCAGGCAAGGCAGAAAGCUGAGGAUGAAAAGGAGCAGGAAAGGAUAGAGAUGGCUAUGAUUGAUUGGCAUGAUUUUGUUGUGGUUGAAUCGAUAGACUUUGUGGAUGAUGAGGAUGAGGACUUACCCCCUCCAAUGACCAUUGAGGAGGUUAUAAGGAGAAGUAAGGUGUCAGCUAUGGAAGAAGAUACUGAUAUUGUUGAGCCAGGAAAGGAGGUGGAAAUGGAAAUGGAUGAGGAAGAAGUGCAGCUUGUUGAAGAGGGCAUGAGGGCAACUAGUCUUGAAGAGAAUGAUGAUGGAAAGCAAAAUGAGAUGAAGGUAAGAGAAGAACCAGAACCACCAAUGAGAAUUGUAAAGAACUGGAAGAGACCAGAGGACAGGAUACCUGCAGAAAGAGACCCAACAAAAUUUGUUGUUUCUCCAAUUACUGGUGAGCUAAUCCCUAAUAAUGAGAUGUCUGAACACAUGAGGAUUUCCCUCAUCGAUCCCAAGUACAAAGAACAAAAAGAAAGGAUGUUUGCUAAGAUUAGGGAGACCACACUUGCUCAGGAUGACGAGAUAUCUAGGAACAUUGUGGGACUUGCACGAACACGUCCAGAUAUAUUUGGUACCACAGAGGAAGAAGUCUCUAAUGCUGUCAAGGCUGAGAUUGAGAAGAAGAAAGAUGAGCAACCAAAGCAAGUCAUAUGGGAUGGUCACACUGGAAGCAUUGGACGCACUGCUAACCAGGCCAUGUCACAGAAUAUCGGAGAGGAUCAAAAUGAUGGUUCUAAUAAUGAUGGAAGAAACCUUCCUGGUCCUGCGGCUCCUCCUCCUAGACCUGGUGUGCCAUCCAUUCGUCCACUUCCUCCACCACCUGCACUAGCCAUGAAUCUUCUUCGUGUUAACACAGUACAGUAUUCUGCUGCACCUAGUGGUGGGCUCCCUGUACCCAUGCCCAGGCCACCAGUUAUGCAAAUGAUUCCUUCAGUUCGACCACCUCCACCCCCAAUGACAAUGACUUCUGGACAGCAAUCUCUUAUGGUGAAUCGACCACCCCCAAUGCCACUAUCAAUGUCUAUGAAUGCCCCUAGUAUUCCUGUACCACAUCCACCAGGUUCUCAGUUUACACCGAUGCAAGUUCCCCGACCUUAUGCCCCUCUUCCUGUAACCCAACCUAACAUGUCUAUGAUGCCUCCACCGCCUUUGCCUCAAGGAAUGCCUCCACCACCACCACCCGAGGAAGCUCCUCCACCACUUCCUGAAGAACCAGAGCCAAAGAGGCAGAAGCUUGAUGAUUCUUUGCUUAUUCCAGAAGACCAGUUUCUUGCACAGCAUCCGGGCCCUGUCCGUAUUGCUGUCUCUGCUCCCAAUGUUGAUGAAGGAAAUCUUAAAGGGCAGCUUCUGGAGAUUACAGUGCAGUCGUUAUCUGAAACUGUUGGCAGCCUUAAGGAGAAAAUUGCAGGGGAGAUCCAGCUUCCUGCCAAUAAACAGAAAUUGAGUGGAAAACCUGGCUUUCUCAAGGACAAUAUGUCACUGGCAUAUUAUAAUGUUGGAGCAGGAGAAACGCUUACACUUUCUUUAAGAGAGCGUGGUGGUAGAAAAAGAUGAAUAGCUUCUUUGACCAGGCCAUUUAAGAUUUGGCAUGUUGGGCGAGUGUCGCUUAAGGGCAAUGGGCAAUUGACAAGUUCUUUUUGCUUAGGCUGAGCAAGUCAUCUACUUAUUACUAAUCAUCUUCUCCUUUUGCAUGGCAGUUGUUUCUCUGGAAUUGGGUUCCCUGGUCUUGAUUUGUUUUUUUUAUUUCCAAUUUUGUUACUGAAAGUUCUGUUCUGUUCUUGAUCAAUGUAGUGAUGAAUGGUUCUUUUUGGUAGUAUUUAGGUUUUGUUUUAUUGAGAGCAUACUCAUAUGCCUUGACGAGUGGAUGGACAGAAGGUCUAUUUAUUUUUCUCUUGAGAACCCUGCAUCUUAUG